AUGGGCGGCGAAGGGCUCACGCGCCUGAUGGUUUAUCUUCACCGUAUCCGCCUGGACUCGCUGCAAGGAGGGAUCCGCUCACCCUGGCUCAAUCCAGGCAAUAUGGAGCGCUGCCCGGAUAUCGUCCUCAUUUCGCGUCCACGCGCGGGAUUCCACGAUCUGUCACGAGUAGCAGCGUUACGUGCCCGUGUGUUGCGCGCAUCCGAUUUGAAGCGCAACAAAGCCUCUGCCUCACAGACACUUGUGGUGGACGGUUCCACAGAUGUCAUGGAGUUGGUAGAGGCCAUCAGCAAGGGAAGCAAACCUUUCGUAUUGGUCGUGGAUGGUACGCGAGGAGGCAACGAGAAUGCUGCUGCCGUGGAUAGAGCGCUGUCGGAGAGUUUCCCUGAAGUACCUCGAAUCACGCUUUUCUCGCUGGGUGACAGCGAGGCGCUGGAAAGUAUGCGCUCCAACGGAACGCGUAGCCAUCUGUGGGUAAUGCGAUUGGGCGACAAAACCGCGCUGACGCCACCGGCACGCUUGGACGCUCGAUUCCAGCUGACGGUAAUCCAAGAUCAAAGAGCAAACACCGAGUUAAUACAGCUCGCAGACCGAUUCUUCGGUCUGCGGCGGGAGCUGGAUCGAAAGGAUGUAGUGCUGAAGGAGCGCCUGGCCAUCAUCGGCAAAGUCUUCCGCAACUUGAACGAGCUUCCCGUACCGCUCCCCUACUUGGAGAGCACGCUACAAGCGGCUACUCGACCUGGCCUUUUCCCGACUCGCUGCCUGGAGCGAUGGCUACAAAUCGCCGACAAGGGAAGCUGUCUGUACGGUGAGUCAGAUGUGGCUUCGCGUAACCUGAUCAAGCAGCUGACGGAGCUUCACCAACUCUUUAUGCAGUCCGUAACCGGUAAAGCUGGAUGGCUACUGAAGCACCUCAAAGAGUCAUGCGCGCAGAAAUACUCCACACUACUUCUGUGCGGUAGCCCCCAUGAGGUUGCUGCUCUAGAAAACUGGUUUGACGAUGAGCUCACCGAAGGCUGGAAUGAGAUCGUUCAGAUCACCGCAAUGGACGGAGUCAAAGCCUAUCGGCAGUACACCGGGGCGGUCGAUGAAGUCAUCAUCACCGGCAUGCUUUGGCCAAAUCGGCAGCACUGGUUAGCAACCCCAUGCCGCCGCAUGACCAUCCCCACCUACGAUUAUGAAAGACCUUUUGUAGAGCGAAUGCUGCAUCUGUGGUGGUCAAAACACGGCGCUGAUAGCCGGAUCGAUGGCGACAAGCUGACACACUGGCAACUCGGCUGGUCUGAUCGUCGAUGUGAUGACUCUGAUACUCAGCUAUUGUCGCUCCCCCUGGAAACAGCCAUACAUCCCGAUUGCAGUCAGUAUCCGCCUAAAACGCGCGAGGUCUUCAUUCCGUUAGCGAUGGAGUUCGACGAUUGGUUGGAGUUGCUGAUGGAGCAACCCGUGGAACCUUCCACCCCCGCUCAGCGUGGCGAGGUAGUGGUGCCGGAUCUGGUGUGGAUCGCGCUUGACGACCAGGUGACAGAGUUACCUUGGAGCAAAACACGUCCGGUGCUCGUGCUGCGGGAGGAAGAGAUUCACCCAACGCUUCCGGAUGAACUUGUUGAAGGCGAUCAGAUCAUCCUGCUUCGACACUCCGAUGAACGCAUUGCCACUCAGGAAAAACUCUUCGAGAUGCUGGCCCUCUCUGAGGGGAUGCAGCAGCUCCUCAGGUCGGCCAAUCGUUGGAGAACCAUGGUCGACAACGUCUCAGCCCGCCUCACAGUCGCUCAAGCGCAAAUUCAGUUGCGGAAGGACAAAGUGAAGGUAUGCGACGCAACAGUUGGCAACUGGUACCGACACAAGGUGUAUGGGCCUCGUGACCGGGGUGCGGUCAAAGUGUUCGCCCGACUCUCCGGCGCCAAAAAUAUAGAAAGAACUGCGCUCUACGUUGCCAAUGCCAUCGAGCAAAUACGCAUCGCCCAUCAGCAGGUUGGCAAACAGCUCCGUAAAGCCAUUCUGGAGCGAGGCGCUGGGGCCACCACUGUCGAGAUUGGUCAGCUGACGUUGGACGGUCGGGCGUUCGACGACAUGAUCGAGUUAGCAGUGGUGAGGUCGAUCAGAACUGAAGCCACACAGGUCAUCGCGACAAAAGAGGAUGGCUUGGUCGAUAUCGUCAACGGAGUUGUGGAUACCCACCCAGGGCGAAUCCACAUGACCACUCCAGCCAUCAAGUCACUACGAGACUCGGUCUAUCGCGACCACGGUAAAUUUCGAGCAUGCCUGUCUUUGAUGGCCACCAAGCUAUAUGACCACUACAGCGAAAAAGCAGGUCGACUGCAUGACGUGCUUGAGCACUUCAAGCUGGAGAGCAUCGACUUCGAGCCAAAAAUGUCACCCGUGACCAUGGGCACGUACGCGGACAACCGCAAGUACAAGGGCAAGCCUGCGAACAUGAACAGGCACUUCUGCCUUGGAAAUGCCCGUGAUCCUUCACGCACCUUGCGCAUCCAUUUCGACUGGGAUGCCGAUGACAAGUUGCUAGUCAUCCAUCACGCCGGCAAACACCUGGAAACCACACAAUCU